AUGGGCAGCCAGGGGACAGCACUGGCCUCUGGCUGGGCCAGAGCAGAGGCAGGAUCCCGGGCAAUUCAACUGCCCCAUUUCCAGCUCAAGGUGAUGCUGAAGAAACGCAAACAGCAGCAAGAGAGGCUGGGCCCAGGAACGUACAACAUCAGGGAUUUUCUGCAGGAGACACAGCCUUCGAGCCUGAGGGGCAUCUGUGACACAAGGGAGCAGAGGUUCAGGGAAAGCCAGCGGGACUGCUUUCCUGGGCCUGGCACCUACGGCCCCCAGGGGAACCCGUACGCUCUCCUGGAGGAGAGGGACAAGCGCUCUCCCAGCACACGAGGGCUGAUGGACAGCAGGACAGAGAAAUGUGUCUUCCAAACAGCCACGGGCAGUGGUUUGGGACCUGGCACCUAUUCCCCAUGGAGCAGCACUGAGGAGCAGCUGCGACAGGCAGGCAGGCGCAACCCCCGCCAGGUCUCCUCGAGGGACAAGCUGAAGCCUGCAGGUGGCCGGCGGCGCAAUGGGGAGCAGGGGGAAGGCACUGAGCUGCACGCUGGCACUGCCAAGGGGUUCCUGGAUGAGCUGAUGUCAAAGGAGAACAAGAAGAAAGGCUGCUUCAGCACACUGCCACGGAACCCAGGCUGCCCCACAGAGAGGAUCUUCUGGGCCACACUCAGUCAGUGCCCGAGGGAUGCGUAUGCGGUGGGGCCAGGCUCGUACGAUCCAAAGCCCAUUGAGAGAUCAGCAGAAUUCAACCAGCCCCCGUUCUGGUCAUCUGCCAAGAGGUUUGACAGAAAGUCUGAACGCCUCUUCAUGGGGAAUGAGCAGCAUCAGCAGCACACUGAAGAGCCAGUGCAGAAUGCUGUGGGUGUGGGCCGCUAUAAUGUCACCAGGCCCGAAAAAUACCCUCGGAAGAUCAGAUACCAGUCCCUGUACCAGAGUGACACGCAGCGGUACCUGAGUAACUUGAAGCAGGAUGCCUACCUGCUCGAGCGGCUAAAGCCUGCUGCGAAAAACAAAUGGAGUCAUUUGAUUUCUGCUCCACGUUGUCCAGAUACCUGUGAAGAAAGCACUGCUGUUUUCCAAAUGUAAGAUGGUGCUGGAAAGCCUGAAUUGGCGAAUAAACCACAGACGGCUGA